CCAGCUUAAAUGUCAGUGCACGGCAACAUACAGCAUGUCGCAGCCAUCCCGAACUGCCACACAUCUCCGCCCCCUGUCCCGUGCGGCACCCCGAGGGGGUACACGCCCACAACGUCGAGCCCGCACCUCCCCCAUUCACGUGCGGCGCCGAAAUCAGCAACAAACCCCUUUCAUGGGAUAUCACCCACCCCGAUCCUUCCCAGUCCUGUGCGGCGCAGAGCUGUAGCUCCGCCCCCCCACAACGUCGUUGUGCCCGCCCCUCAGUCCUGUGCGGCGCUCAGCGGUAGGUGACACCGUCCUUUCCUUUGCGUCAAGCGAAGGCCCCGCCCUCCUGUGCGGUGCUGGACGGCGUGUAUAACGGGCCCGCCGCUUCUACACCGUGCGCGCUACGGGAGGAAGAGUGCGGGCUCAGGAGGAUGAAGCGGACGAAGGAAGAGCACAAGUCAGAAGACAUGCAGCGCGCUGUGCUGGAAGAAGAGGAGCUGGCGAUAGGGACCCCCACCACCUCGGACACAGACUCCCCAUCGAGGAGCGGCAGCAUAGACCAUGAUAGUCCGAUGAUGAUAGGGAAGGACGAGGCCGCAGGGGAUUCAAGCUCAAUAGAUGUCUUGUAUCCAGAGCCAUCAGAUUCAUAUACUGGUGGGCUUUUCCCAGGUUCCACCUCUUUUGACUGGAGUUCCCCAGAUAGUAGUGGAGAGGGGAGAAACCAUGAAGGAGGGCAAGAGAACUGCGAGGAGCGGGCUUCCCGGCCAGGGAACAGUCGCAUUCCUGGAAAAGACCACCGGCGUUACUAUCACAGUCACUGGAGGCUUGAGUAUUUAAUGGACUUCAAUGCACGUUCUCAUAGCAUGAUCUGUAUGGUUUGUGGCAGUUCUCUGGCCACCCUGAAACUCAGCACCAUCAAACGACACAUUCAGCAGAAACACCCCUAUUCCCUCACUUGGACUCCCUGUGAAAAGGAGGUCAUCAUUGGUGGCUGGGAUGCCCAUCUAUGUGUUGAUGCUCAGACCCUUACAGGAGGCGAAGAGCAGGGGGCAGAUGAUAUUGCAGUCCAACCUGGUCCAAAAAAGAAGCGUCGUCGUCUUCCUAUGGUGAAAGGAUCAUGGCGUCCUUUAUUAGGAUCUGAGAUUACUCUGCCCCCACCACCUGACAGAAGCCAAAUUGAACAGUACAUAAAUGAGUCGUUUAAGCAAUGGUUACAAUUAGAGUUUUUGAUGGAUUAUGAUUGUCAAGGGGACAAGCUGUACUGUAUGAUGUGUACAACAGCCUUAACAAGUCUCAGUAUUAAUGAUAUUAAAAAUCACAUAUUAGACAAUCAUCCCACAUCCAUUUAUUUCAACCCUGCACAGAAAGGUAUUAUAGUUGAGUCAUGGAUAAAUCGUAGGGAGACUCCAGAAGAGAUUUUAGAUGUUGAGGAUGAAAUGGAUGAUGAUGAGGAAGAAGAUGCAGAGGUUGAUCUGACGAUAAAUUAUUUGAAUGAAGAGGAUACUCAUGUUAAUGGAGAAACCCAAGAAAAAGAUGAGCAAAACAAUUGUGAGCUUUUAGACAAAGAUGAUCUCAAAGCUCAACAGUUCAAGAAAACUAUGUCAGAGGGGAGAAAUAUGAAGUCGCUGGAGGACAAAACGACUGGUGAAGAAAAACACUUGGAGGAAGCAGAGAGGAAAGUUAGAGAGGCAAAGCUCAAAGAUGAGGACCUAAAAGCUAAAUCAGCAAAGAGGUUGGAGGAACAAGGAAAGAAUAGAGAAGCACAGCAUCUGGAGAAAGAGAAACAGAAAAGUAACGAUCCACAACUGUUGGAGGAGGAGGAACUUAUAGCCGGAAAAACCAAACUGGAGGAGGAGCAAAGAAAGACUAAACAGACACAGUUGCUAGAACAGGAGAAGCAUAAAGCUAGAGAGGCACACCUGAAGAAAGAAAAGCAUAUGGCUAUUGCAACACCACUGCUGGGGAAUGAGAAACUAAAAGCUAAAGAGGGGCAAACACUUGAGGAAGAACAGUGCAAGGCGACAGAGGUCCAGUUGGAAGAACAAUGUAAGGCUACAGAGGCAAAGUUGGAAGAAGAAAAAGUAAGGGUGUCUAACUGUAUAGAACUAGUUAAAGUGAAAGAGGUCCAAACAAUGUCAAAGGAAGAGCAGUGUGUGCAAGAAAACAUUGUGAAAACAGAAAACCAACACACUGUGGAACCGAUCAUGGGGCAUAAAGGACAGAUUCUUACUUCAGGUGUAGAGACUACAGUUGGGAAUAUCAAACAAGAGCAUGAGAAACAGAAUUGUGCAAAGCUGGUUGAAGAAGGGAGGACAUUGUCGAUAAUUCCACAGAAGCAUAUAAUUCAGGUGCAACAAAUACCACAAGUACAGCAAGCACCAGCUAUGUUGGGAAUUGGAGUUCCUCUUUUAAAAAUGGAAACUCCAACACCUAUUAUUAUCACACGGCUCUCUGUUCUGCCAGAGCGAACAGUGGUUACACCUCCAAAGCCCUCUACCUCCACUUCUGAUACCUCAAAAAACUAUCGGGUUAUUGCUCCCAAGGUUGCUUCCGUUCCAGAAGAACUCCAAAUACAAAAGCCAUUAUCCUCUUGUAGCACUGAGUCUACUCAGUGGCCUCCAGGGAUUGACCCUGCCAUAUGGGAGGUUAGUCUGUGGCAAGAUAACAGUCGUAAUUCCAUGAACCGUUUCCAGUGUAAUGCUUACCAUAUGCGUUGGCGCUCAGAUUACCUGAUGGACUACAAUGGACUGAGAGGAAGUGUGGUUUGCAUGUACUGCUGUUCCUCACUAACAGUACUGAAAGAUAGUAGCAUAAAAAGGCACAUUGUACAGAAGCACCCGCAUACAUCCAAUUUCUCUGCAGAGCAAAAGGCAGCUGUCAUUCUUGACUGGGAAAAUAAGCUGGCUGAAGUAAAGAAACUGAUGGCAAAGCAAAACAAGGAGGGAUUCAUUAUAGAUCCAGGAGUGAUUUCAUUUAAAGUAUCUGAAAGUGAUGUUGUGGAGGAAGACGAGCAGGAGCCUAGCUUGGCUGGAGUGUUGUCCGAAGGGAAAGGUGCUUCUUGGGAAUUUGCUUUUGGUAGAGUGCAAGGUAAUGCUCCAAAGGACCCACGCAAGUACCAGCAUGACCGUUGGAAACUGGAGUUUCUAAUGGAUUACACCCCAACCAAGGACGGUUUGAUCUGUAUGGUAUGUGGGGUGACCUUAAUAAACCCAAAAAUAAGCACUGUGAAGAUGCACAUCCAGCAGAAGCAUCCAGAUACCAUUUACUUGAGUGAUCAAGAGAAGGCAGUAGUGAUUGAAGAAUGGGAGCAAAGACUAACUUCUGGCAAGACAGGAUCAGGUCACCAAACUGGAGAUGAUGAAAUUUGCAUAGAAAUAAAAGAAGACACGUCAGCGUCUGAAACACUUGGGUCCAGUGCGGCAGCCUCUGCUCAACGGGCUGAAAUAAUUCACCCAAACAUCUCCAAGUCUUCUAAACCUGCCGCAUGUCUACCUCCACCUUGUAAUAGUGCCAAGCGCAGCUACCAGGUCCGUUGGCGCACCGAAUUCAUGAUGGAUUAUGACUGUCGUCGGCAGGGCCUUAUUUGCAUGGUGUGUGGUGGUACACUGGCCACCCUAAAAGUCAGCACCAUCAAGCGCCACAUUGUCCAGGUGCACCCUUACUCUGUAGACUUCACCCCUGAAGAACGUCAAAGGAUUUUGGAAGCCUACAGUGAAAUGGCCCUACAUUACAUCCAUUCAGAAGAGUGUUUCAAAGCCCAACCCCAGGAGGAAGUGAAAGGCCGUAAAAGGAAAGCGGCUGCGGUGGAGGAAGCAUGAGGACCCUUUAAUUUAUACUUAAGCAUAGGGAGAACUGUCUACACCCUGUGGCCUAAGAAAAUGUAUUUCUACAAAUGUAUUGCACAUUUAUAGAGUGUCUGUUCAUUCUAUUC